AAAUAGUGCUGAGUGAAGAUGCAGCUUCAAUAAGUGUGAAAUCAAUGGAAGAUACUUACCGCAUGAAAAGCCUUUUGAGAUUUUUCUGACAGGCACCUAUUUAGGAAACUCGAUCUGUUUCCUCCGCUCGCCCUGUUUUUACACCAGUGGAUACAAAUCAGAUUGCUUCACUGUCGUCACACAACUAAUGUGGGACCAUGGCCUUUCCAAGCUCCAUGUGGCUGGACUGUGUAUGGAGAGCGACGGUGAUCCGCCUGCUGCACACGGGAUUGAACGCCACUCUGGCUUUUUCUAUACUUGGAUUUUUGCUUCACGCUGCAGCUGUGUCCUCCCAAAAAUUGGAUGAUACCAACCCAGUGGUGACCACCAACUUUGGCAAGAUAAGAGGGAUUAAGAAGGAACUUAACAAUGAGAUUUUGGGGCCCGUUAUUCAGUUUCUCGGGGUUCCGUACGCUGCCCCUCCAACCGGGGAGCGCCGCUUCCAACCUCCCGAGCCUCCGUCUCCCUGGGCAGAUAUCAAAAACACCACCCAGUUUGCUCCAGUGUGUCCCCAGAACAUUAUAGAAGGCAGGUUGCCUGAAGUCAUGCUUCCCGUGUGGUUUACUAAUAACUUGGAUGUAGUUUCAACCUAUGUACAAGAUCAGAACGAAGACUGCCUCUAUUUAAAUAUCUAUGUCCCAACCGAGGAUGGUCCCCUUACAAAGAAACAGACAGAUGAUUUAGGUGAUAAUGACGGUGCUGAAGAUGAAGACAUUCGGGACAGUGGGGGACCUAAGCCUGUGAUGGUGUAUAUUCACGGAGGGUCCUACAUGGAAGGCACUGGAAAUUUAUAUGAUGGCAGUGUUCUAGCAAGUUAUGGGAAUGUGAUAGUCAUCACAGUCAACUAUCGCCUUGGGGUACUUGGAUUUCUGAGCACUGGGGACCAAGCAGCAAAAGGAAACUAUGGCCUCCUUGAUCUAAUUCAAGCUUUGCGAUGGACUAGUGAAAAUAUUGGGUUCUUUGGUGGUGACCCAUUGAGAAUUACAGUUUUUGGAUCUGGGGCAGGCGGUUCAUGCGUCAAUCUCUUGACUUUAUCCCAUUAUUCUGAAGGUAACCGUUGGAGCAAUUCAACCAAAGGACUUUUUCAAAGAGCAAUAGCUCAAAGUGGAACAGCUCUCUCCAGCUGGGCAGUUAGCUUUCAGCCUGCAAAAUAUGCCAGGAUGUUGGCUACAAAAGUUGGUUGCAACAUGUCAGACACUGUGGAACUGGUAGAAUGUCUACAGAAGAAGCCUUAUAGAGAACUUGUGGACCAGGACAUCCAACCAGCAAGAUACCACAUAGCCUUUGGACCUGUAAUCGACGGCGAUGUGAUACCAGACGACCCUCAGAUCCUGAUGGAACAAGGAGAAUUCCUCAACUAUGACAUCAUGCUGGGAGUUAACCAAGGGGAAGGGUUGAAGUUUGUUGAAAACAUUGUGGAUAGUGAAGAUGGCAUAUCAGCCAGUGAUUUUGACUUUGCAGUUUCUAAUUUCGUCGAUAACUUAUAUGGAUACCCCGAAGGCAAAGACAUAUUGAGGGAAACCAUUAAAUUUAUGUACACAGACUGGGCAGACAGGCACAACCCCGAGACCAGAAGGAAAACACUGCUGGCUUUGUUUACUGAUCACCAGUGGGUUGCACCAGCAGUGGCCACAGCAGAUCUUCACUCGAAUUUUGGAUCGCCUACGUAUUUCUAUGCCUUCUACCAUCAUUGCCAGACAGAUCAGGUACCUGCGUGGGCAGAUGCAGCCCAUGGAGAUGAGGUUCCUUAUGUACUAGGAAUCCCCAUGAUUGGUCCUACUGAGUUAUUUCCUUGUAAUUUCUCCAAAAAUGAUGUCAUGCUAAGUGCAGUGGUGAUGACAUACUGGACAAACUUUGCAAAAACUGGUGACCCAAAUCAACCAGUGCCGCAAGACACAAAAUUCAUCCACACAAAACCAAAUCGUUUUGAAGAAGUAGCAUGGACCAGAUAUUCUCAGAAAGACCAGCUGUAUCUUCACAUUGGAUUAAAACCACGAGUUAAAGAACACUAUAGGGCCAAUAAAGUGAACCUUUGGUUGGAGCUGGUACCUCAUCUGCACAAUCUUAACGACAUUUCACAGUAUACCUCUACCACAACUAAAGUGCCAUCGACUGACAAUACUUUCAGACCCACAAGGAAAAAUUCUGUUUCAGUUACUUCAGCCUUUCCUACAGCCAAACAAGAUGAUCCCAAACAACAACCAAGCCCAUUUUCAGUGGAUCAAAGGGACUACUCAACAGAAUUGAGCGUUACCAUCGCAGUUGGCGCAUCUUUGCUGUUCUUGAACAUUUUGGCCUUUGCAGCGUUGUACUACAAAAAGGACAAGCGGAGACAUGAUGUUCACAGGAGAUGUAGCCCACAACGUACCACUACCAAUGAUCUCACCCAUGCACAAGAAGAGGAGAUAAUGUCCCUCCAAAUGAAGCACACUGACUUGGAUCAUGAAUGUGAGUCCAUCCAUCCACAUGAGGUGGUUCUCAGGACCGCCUGUCCCCCAGACUACACGCUAGCUAUGAGAAGGUCUCCUGAUGAUAUCCCCUUAAUGACACCCAACACCAUCACAAUGAUCCCCAACACUAUACCAGGGAUUCAGCCCCUACACACAUUCAACACAUUCACCGGAGGACAGAACAAUACUCUGCCCCAUCCUCAUCCCCACCCCCAUUCACACUCAACAACCAGGGUAUAGCCAGACAAGACGAAACAAACUUUAUUUUUUGAUGGAUUACAGUAGGUGAUAUUACUGAAGAUUACUUGGCUUUCAACCUACAAGACUCUUACUAUUUAAAUAUGGAGGAAUAUUAUGUGAAUAUACAUAUCAAGAACAUUUGGGGUUUUGAAAAAAAUGAAUUGUACAUAUAUGAAAUGAACUUAAGAAACAAACAAAAGAAAAGAAAAAAAGAAACAAAAACAAAAAACAAAAAACCCAACUGUUUGCAAUUGCUUGAAGCAGUUGUCCUGAAUGAUACUUUUUCAUUCACAUUCAAGUAUUAAUUUUUUGAAGAUUUAAGUUACAUAAUGGAAUUAGGCAUGUGCAACACAAACAGGAAAGAACUAUGACUGAAAAUUUUAAAAACCUAUAAAUAUGCACAAGGGACACACUAAUGGAAUGUCAGAUAAUUUUCACCAAUUUUUAUUUGGACCUGUUUUCUUGUGUAGACCAUAUUUACAUAUUUGAAUAAGUACACAAAGCACCAAUGCUGUUAAGGCCUUAGAAAGGGGCUCAUGCUGAAAUCUGCCAGUCAGAGAAGUUUUACAGCCUGGCAGGUACAACAUUAUCACUUAAGUGCUGUCAGUAUAAAAGUUGUGGGAAUAAAGGAAACUGGAUAUUUUUAGCACGAUGUGCAUGAUAAUUUAUAUGCUUGGUGGCUGUGCUGCUGAUUAAGCCGUAAUUAAAAUUCUUCUCAUCCCAUUGGAGUUUUUAAUAGAAGCUUUCUCCAUCAAUUGGCACAACCUAAAGAAGUUUUUUAAAGGGGCAAAAGUAAUUACAUUAAAAUAUUUAAUGGUAGCUUCCAAAAGAGAAGGGAUUGCAACAAUUCUUAAAGGUAUUUAUGGCAUUCUAGGUAUACAGUGGUGGACCCCCACUGAUAUGAAUCCCAGACAAAAAAUGUUUACUAUUAAUGUUCUUUUUCCUUUCCACCUAAACAAUUUCUAACUUUGAAAUAACUAUAACUUUAAUGGAAUCUCCUUUGAUGAAGGAUUUAUAAUUUGCUGUGAUUUAGUUACAGAGUAUUUUGUUCAAAUUGAUAAGGUAAAGUGUGUCCAAAAAUUUAAUUGCAAUGACGUUUUGCCAUUUCAAAGUGCCCCGAUAUUAUAUGCUCUGAUUACACCUUUCAGUUUAUUGUUUCAACUCAUGUUGCAUGUUACAAAGUUUACUUAUACUACUUUAAGAUAAUGUUAAUUCCCUUUUUGCUAUACAUUAGCUUUGUCAUUCCAAUUAAUUCUCUAGACCAGAUGGCAAGAGUGUAAAAAAAGAGGGUAUAUGAGAACGGGGAGAGAGCCAACAACUGGAAAUUUAAAAAUCUGGAUACUACAUAUGUUUGUGUGAUUUGAAGUGAAUGUUCUAAAAUCACAAGAAAUUUUUCAUUCCCCUGUUGCUUUCCAGUAAUUCUAUACCAUGGUCCUUUCAAAACGUUUGUAUAUGUAAUCAGAUGUACAUUUAUAUAAAAGAAAUAAUUGAGAUGGACUUAAGAGCACAUCCCUGAUAAAUACUUUCUCUCUUACCUGUACUAUAUUUCUAUUAGACUAAAGUUAUGUGAUUUUUUUUUACAUUUUUUCAAAUUACUAGCAAUUUUGAUAGUUUGUAAGAUAAUGCGAAGAACUUUCUCUGACAAACUAACUGCAGUAACAGAAACAUUUCUUUUCAGUUACUCUUUUUCAAGAAUGAAAGCUUAUUACACACAAAAAUUGUAUACUACUUGAUGGAAAAUUACUUUGUAUUUCUUGGCCAUAUUACUGGUCACUGAGUGAAAUAAAGAUAAUCUGGAUAACGAAUAUUAUUCCAAUGUUAAGAGACCUGAUCUUUGCUCAUUAAAGAGCUAAAAUGUUUAUUGCUGUUUUGUCAUUUUUUAAUGAAGUAAUGGUAACUGUCUCAAAUAAAGAGUAAUAUCUUAAGACCAGUCUGGUUUUUGAAGACAUGAAGGUGCCUUCUACAAUUAAUAAAACUGCAUAUUUAUGGACCAGCCCCACCACAGCCAUUUCUUACAGAAAUAUUGACAUU